CCCAGCAACAUGGACAAAUACGAAGACCUGGGCCUGGAGGCCAGCAAGUUCAUCGAGUACCUGAACAUGUACGAGGCCUCCAGGGACGGCCUCUUCCGGGUGGACAAAGGGCCCAGCAACAACCCCGAGUUCGAGGAGACCCGGCGGGUGUUCGCCACCAAGAUGGCAAAGAUUCACCUCCAACAGCAGCAGCAGCAGCAGCAGCAACUCCUGGACAGCACUCUGCCCAGGGCCAGCAGCCGUGCCUCCAGCCACAGUGGGGACCCCCUGGCCACCACCCCAUCCCAUCGUGACCCCUCAGUGGCAGGUAGAGGGGUCACAGAUGGAGCCUCCAAGCCCCCGCUUGCUGCCCCCACACUUGGGGUGACCCCCACUGCGGCCUCUGGGCAGCCUUCUUACCCCGGCCAGGAACAGAGGGCCAGGCCGUGUGUCCAGACCACCCGGCCCGGCAGCCAGGAACGGGAUCCUCACCAAGGCCCCCCAAAUGCUGAGCCGGGACCCUGCCAGGACCCUUCCUGCCUUACCCAUGGGGACUAUUAUGACAACCUAUCCUCCACCAGCCCCCCAUGGGAUCAUCAGCCAGGAGUGACCCCCAGUUUGGGCUCAGGGAAGGGAAGUGGAUGGUCUGAUCCCCCCUUACCCAGGCCCACCGGGGAGCAUCGCCAGCACCAGCCUCCACCCUCUCUGAUGAGCCCCAGCAGAUCUUUCCAGAGCGGCCUGGGUGGGCAGGAUGGAGCUGGUCGCCACAGCGAGAAGCCGGCCGGCCUGUGGGCCACGGCCUCCUCUCAGAGGAUGCACCCCACGCUCUCCCAGCCAGGCUUGGAGAACGGGGCUCCAGCGCAGCAAUCCAGGAGCGCCCCUGCCUCAGUUUCCCCCAGUCAAGGAGACCUUCUGAGAACCAACCCCGGGCCAGGAUGUGAAGUGUCAGGACCGGCAUCCAAGUCCACCACGGCGGCCCCUCAGCCCUGGCUGCGAGAUCGGCCCCUGUCUUACCUGUCCAGUUCUGCUCCCUUUACUCUGCCAGCUGGCCCCGAGAAUUCCCAGCCGGAUGGGGUCCCAGGGCUGGGUCCUAAGCCCCAGUGUCCAGACCUUGGCACGGCUCCGAAACUCAGUUCUACCAAUCCCAUCGGUCCGGUGAUGUCCACUCAGCCCGAUUUAUCUCAGCCAGAGAGUCCUUCCAAUUGGUCCCCUGAGGGUCCUGGAGGAUCUGUCCUGUCUGAGAGUUCAAGUCCCUCCCGGGUGAGACUACCCUGUCAGACCCUGGUCUCCAGCUCCGAGCUCGGACCUUCUGCUGUAGAAUUGAAGCUAGAAGCCCUCGCCCAGCGACUAGAGCGAGAGAUGGAUGCUUACCCAAAGGCCGAUUAUUUUGGAGCCUGUGUGAAAUGCAGCAAAGGAGUGUUUGGGGCUGGCCAGGCCUGCCAGGCUAUGGGAAAUCUCUACCACGAUGCCUGCUUCACCUGUGCUGCUUGCAGCCUCAGUCUUUAUAUAAAGGCUGGAUGGGGCAGGCCAGGGGACCCAGAGGCAAGAGGGAACCCAAUGCGGGCUCUGGGGGUGCAAAUCAAGACAAGAUGUAUCAUAUGCCUUUUUCUUUCUUCCUCCAGGGUGUUGGCCCCCAAGUGUGCAGCCUGUGGGCUCCCCAUCCUUCCUCCUGAGGGUUCUGAUGAGACCGUCCGUGUGGUGUCUAUGGACAGAGAUUACCACGUGGAGUGCUACCACUGCGAGGACUGUGGUCUGGAGCUCAAUGACGAAGAUGGGCACCGCUGCUACCCGUUGGAAGAUCACCUGUUCUGUCACAGCUGCCAUGUCCAGAGGCUGGACACAAGCCCCGCAUCCGCACCUCUCCAUCAGCACCACUUCUAGCCAGAGCCAUUUGGUGGGCCUGGGCCAGGGCUGUACCCGGUGUAGAAGUGGGGUGCAGGGAAGAGGAGGGGAGCGGUGGGCAGGCAAACCCUCACAUGGGGGGAAGGGGUGCCUUGUUUUGUUUUUUUUUUUAGCCAGGGAGUUGGGCAUUGCCCAUCCUGGUACAUGUGUUUUCCAAGCGCUUUUGCUCCAUUGCCACACCCCCCAGUCAGGUGACUCAGGUAGAUUCUACAGUGUAUGUGUGUGUGUGUGUGACCUCUGACCUGCGAUUGCACCCCAUGUGGCUCUUCUGGGGAGCAGUUUACAACCUCCUAGGGUUGGGGAGAGAGAUUUGCAUGGGUGCCUUUUGUGAACAUCUCCUGUAGGAGACAGCUCAGAUGCAGACACAGUCCAUCCUUUUCCUCCUUUAGAAAAACACCUGCACUCACUUCCUGCAUUCCCCUCCCACCCCCUCAUCCACACUCACCCCAACUGUGACUUCUUAGGACCCCCAGAGCUUUUAGCACCUCUGAAAAAUGGCCGGGGACUUUUCAACUGCCCUUGUCGGCUAGUUCUCACAUGGCGCUUUGUAUUAAGCCAGAGUGGAGCUUUGAAAUUAGCAAGGCCUUACUUUUCCUUCCAAUACUCUGACGUCAUGCCCAGCUGCACCUGCCACCCGCCCCCCCCCCCU